ACCUGCCAGCAGUUUUGUACUUAGCAGAUCACGUAGAACAACGUGUCGAUAGGAGGGAAACAAAAUAAUUUAUUCUAAAUAACUAGUGGAAGAUUCUUUUUUAAAACAUACUUAUUUAUUAAGGUUGAAGAAACGUAUAUUUCCUCUGAGGAAAGACAUGAAAGAGCUUGCUUUCUCAUUGUGGAUUUUAUUUAUAACUUGUGUAGCCGCUGUCUUAUCUUCUGACCUUGAGAAGGAGGGGCUUUUUAAAGAUGGCACCAUUGCUGAUCUGCUGAAGGAUGAAAACCGCAGUGAAGAUGUCGUUGGUCCCACUGUGAAGUAUUGCCUUAGGAAGUCCCUUGACCCCGAUGAUGGUUGCUAUCUCAACCCUGGCCAGAACGACAGUCUACAGGAAUGUGGCUUCAAUGCUACAGCCAAGACUAUCCUAGUGAUUCAUGGGUGGACUAUGAGUGGUAUGUUUGAAAACUGGCUUCAUAAGCUGGUUUCUGCUAUUCAGGAACGUGAAAGGGAAGCCAACGUCAUUGUGGUCGACUGGCUUGACUUUGCCCACCAAGUGUAUCCAGAUGCUGUUAACCACACACAAACUGUCGGGCGUGACAUUGCUAAGUUACUGGAAUGGUUAAAGGAUGAAUUGAACUUGCCUCUUCAAAAUGUGCACAUGAUUGGGUACAGCCUGGGGGCUCACGUGGCUGGCUAUGCUGGUACCUAUGUGGAUGGGACAAUCGGCAGAAUAACAGGUCUGGACCCGGCAGGCCCCAUGUUUGAAGGGGUCGCUUCGCACAGCCGCCUGUCUCCUGAUGAUGCUGACUUUGUGGAUGUUCUGCACACCUACACAAGGGAGGCUUUGGGUGUCAGCAUUGGCAUCCAGCAACCUGUGGGUCACAUUGACAUUUAUCCUAAUGGAGGGGAUAUCCAACCUGGCUGUGGUUUAAGUGACAUCCUGGGCACAAUGGCUUAUGGAGGUUUUGGGGAAGCUGUAAAGUGUGAGCAUGAGCGCUCGGUGCACCUUUUUGUAGAUUCACUUCUGAAUAAAGAUCACCAGAGCUUUGCAUACCGGUGCACGGAUCCCAACCGCUUCAAGAAAGGGAUUUGCCUGAGCUGCAGGAAAAACCGAUGCAACAACCUGGGCUACAAUACCAAGAAGAUGCGCAACAGGAGAAACAGCAAGAUGUACCUCAAAACCCGGGCAGAUAUGCCUUUUGGAGGUUAUCACUACCAGUUGAAGAUGCAUGUUUUUAGCAAAGCUGACGGGGAGGACAAAGACCCAACAUUCUUUGUUAAACUUUAUGGUGCCCAUAAUGACACAAAAGACCACAGUGUUGACCUACCUGACAAGAUUGGCCUGAAUUUCACCAACUCCUUCUUGGUCUUCACGGAAGAAGACAUUGGGGAUCUGCUCAAGAUCAAACUGUCCUGGGAAGGAGCUCCCAAGUCUUGGUUCUCGAUGUGGAAAAAGAUGAAGUCUGUAAUAUACUCAGGAGGAACCAAAGAGAACCAGGUACUGGAGGUGCGGCGCAUUCGUGUAAAGUGUGGAGAAACCCAGAAAAAGUUCACUUUCUGUGCUGAAGAUCCAACUGCGACCAAGAUAACACCUGGAAAUGAGAUUAUGUUUGUCAAGUGUCGGGAUGGAUGGGAAGUCAAACCUAGAAAAAGAUUGCACUACUAAAUCUGCAUAAUACAAUUCAAAAAAAAAAAAAAAAUAAAUAAAUAAUUGAACCACAUACCCAAGGGGGACCGAAGCAGAAAUGUACAAACCAUCAUCCAUGUUUCUCCAUGCACUUGCGAAGACCUUUGGAGCUUCUACUGUAUGCUCGAUGAAGGAGCAGCCUUGUGGAUCCAGAGUGACCCUAGCCAAUGGGGAGGAAGGAUAGCACUUCUAACUACACAUGGACUUCUGACUGAGCUUCUCUGGUGUACUGCCUGCUUGAACACCAGCUGCCAACAAGCCACUGAGAAACAAGCAAAGGCACGAUGCAUUCUGUUUGUUACUAUGUAAAGUUUUGUAUGCUCUAAUUUAUAUUUGAGAGUAAUGGGUGUAUAUAUUUGUAAAUAACUUAUUUUGUGGGAGAAAUAAAUUCUUUAUGAACCCUCUUGAGCCUUUGUCAUACUAUGGUGUGUAUGUAGUAGUUGGUCUGCAUACAUCGAUCUCCCUUGAGCUGAACCAAGAUUUCUAAAUAUAUGGUGACUGGGGAAAGGAAAGGCAGUACUAAUAUAGCACACAGGUUUGACUAGUUUCACACCUGCAGACAGUCUCCAAUGCAAUCAAUAGUCUUACUCUACAUGUAUGAGAGAUCUAGUGUUUCAUUUUUUUCAUUCACAUUGAAAAAUGAUUCAACAAAGGAGGAAUGCAUAUAAAAUGUUACUGAGCACAGGUUCAAAGUAAAUUUGUACAACUUUACAAAUGGUCAAUGAUAUAAUUGUGGUACAUAAUUAAGAAAUGGUAUUAAAGGCUGUUCCCAUGUGCUUCUACCAGUGUAAGUAUAUUUCAAUGAUUUAACAGCAGCCAACUGGCACAGGAGCAGUCCUGUAGGGUGCAAGUGGAAAGAGCAACUAAAACUAUGAUGUCUAAAUUAAGCGUGUUUAAUGACAAGCUGCAAUAAACAAUGCCCUUACUAAUGAAAGUAAGGUUUGAUGUGAAAUAAUGUGGGUCAACUUUUCAGUUGCUCACGGCAGGCAGUCUGACACGCACGACCACUUGAAUUGCACCAAGCGGAAGACCUUGAUUGCAAUAGGCUUGAGCCCUGCAUCACUGGCUUCUUAACAAGGAAGAAGUUUCAGGGUUACUUGUUGCCUGCUAAGAGGGCACAUGGGCCUAUAGUACUGUGAAUAAUGGACAUAGCUUCAAGACUAAGUUACAUCUCGGUCGUGAUUGAUUCCUCUAACCAUGUUCUCGGAAAACCCCUACGUUCUACCCCUACAAUAAGGUUUGACGUGCCUUUUUAGUAGACAUCAUUUUAUGGCUAUAAAGCAGGCACUGUGCUAAUGUUUUGGAUGUCAUGCAUCAUAAGAACCGUGUUUAGCUUUAAAAAGAUUAGAAUGAUGUGCAUCUUUUUGGACAUUUGUCACUGAAUUUGUAAGUUUAAUAAAUACAACUAUGCAAAUACUUCUCUGAAAACAUUGUAUAGGAUAUAAUAAAAACACUGAGUUUUCCACGUUC